CUCGCGAGUCUCGCGGUACCCGGCUUGAGCCUCCGCUGCUGCCUUGACUACCAGAUUCCACAGUUAGCAGUGGCGCUACGGAGGCCGGGUGGCCCGAAGAGGGAAACCAGUGAAAUGGAGUAGUAUGCACUAGAGCCAUACAGAAUCUGCAGGAAGACCCUCGGGGGAGUCGCCUGAGGAUAAAAAGAAUAUUUAGACUCUCCAAGUUCUUCCUUUACAUAGCUGCUAAAUCCAAGGAAACUGUGUCGAAAGCAUGAGUGAUGGUACAGCUUCUGCCCGAUCAUCCAGCCCACUUGACAGGGAUCCUGCCUUUCGGGUGAUUACAGUUACUAAGGAAACAGGUCUAGGUCUGAAGAUCCUAGGCGGAAUUAACAGGAAUGAAGGACCGCUGGUGUAUAUUCACGAAGUCAUUCCUGGAGGUGACUGUUACAAGGAUGGACGUUUGAAGCCAGGAGAUCAACUUGUCUCAAUAAACAAGGAAUCUAUGAUUGGUGUAUCAUUUGAAGAAGCAAAAAGCAUAAUUACCAGAGCCAAGUUGAGGUCAGAAUCUCCCUGGGAGAUAGCAUUCAUCAGACAAAAGUCUUACUGUGGCCAUCCAGGAAAUAUUUGCUGUCCAUCCCCACAAGUGUCAGAAGACUGUGGACCUCAAACCUCAACAUUUACUCUUCUUUCCUCUCCCUCUGAAACACUACUUCCAAAGACUUCAUCCACUCCCCAGACUCAGGACUCCACUUUCCCUUCUUGUAAAGCAAUUCAGACAAAACCUGAACACGAUAAAACAGAACAUAGUCCAAUUACUUCUUUGGACAACAGCCCUGCAGAUACAUCUAAUGCAGACAUUGCUCCAGCCUGGACUGAUGAUGAUUCUGGACCACAAGGAAAGAUUUCCCUAAAUCCUUCUGUUCGCCUUAAGGCAGAGAAACUGGAAAUGGCUCUCAAUUACCUCGGUAUACAGCCAACAAAGGAACAACGUGAAGCCCUGAGAGAGCAAGUCCAGGCCGACUCAAAGGGGACUGUGUCUUUUGGAGAUUUCGUCCAGGUUGCCAGAAGUUUGUUUUGCUUGCAGUUGGAUGAAGUAAAUGUUGGUGUCCAUGAAAUCCCCAGCAUCUUAGACUCACAGCUUCUCCCCUGUGAUUCUCUAGAAGCAGAUGAAGUGGGAAAACUUAGACAAGAAAGAAACGCUGCUCUAGAGGAACGGAAUGUGCUUAAGGAGAAGUUACUGGAAUCAGAAAAGCACAGGAAACAAUUGAUAGAAGAACUCCAGAAUGUGAAGCAGGAAGCCAAAGCUGUAGCUGAGGAAACCCGAGCUCUGCGAAGCCGGAUUCAUCUCGCAGAAGCUGCACAGCGGCAGGCACACGGGAUGGAAAUGGAUUAUGAAGAGGUGAUCCGUCUGCUAGAGGCUGAGGUCUCAGAACUAAAGGCUCAGCUCGCUGAUUAUUCUGACCAAAAUAAAGAAAGUGUCCAGGACUUGAGAAAAAGAGUCACCGUUCUUGACUGCCAAUUGCGAAAAUCAGAAAUGGCUCGGAAAGCAUUCAAGGCGUCCACUGAAAGGCUCCUUGGUUUCAUAGAGGCUAUUCAAGAAGUUCUUUUGGAUAGUUCUGCUCCUUUAUCAACUUUAAGUGAAAGAAGAGCUGUGCUCGCAUCUCAGACUUCGCUUCCACUGCUGGCAAGGAACGGACGCAGCUUCCCAGCAACCCUGCUUCUGGAAUCCAAGGAGCUUGUCAGAUCUGUCCGUGCCAUACUUGAUAUGGACUUUUUGAAGUUCUAUAUUAUGCAGUAAAUAUUUAGAAGUAGCAAUGCUCAUUCAACAAAGAUGGUGGCUGAGGCCCAAAGAAGUUAAGUAAAGACUGAAGUCGCUCUUUAAACAGUGCACAUCAGGGUGGAAACUGGAAACCUCCAUAUGCAGAUUACUUCACCUCCGCGUCUGCUGUCUGAACUCUAUUCCUACACUGCUGGUGUGCUCCUUCCCAGUGUGACGACACAGCUUAGCCAGCUCACCUCUGUUCACACCAUCAGUUAGUGUAAGGCAAGGAUUUAUUAACAGCUGUGACUUGCUUCAGAGCUUGGCCAACGUUGACACUUCAAGCUGAUUGUUCCAGAGAGCUGACUCUUGCAGUGGUUCCCAGCCUUCCUAAUGCCUUCAUACAGAUCUUCAGGUUGUGGUGGCCCCAGCCAUAAGAUUAUUUUGUUGCUAUUACACAAGCGUCAUUUUGCUACUGUUAGGAAUAGUAAUGUAGAUAUGAGAUGUACAGGAUAUGUUACUCCCAAAGGGGCCGUCAUAUACUGCUUAAGAAGCGCUGCUCCAGAGGCUCUUUCUCUUCUAACACCAUAUUACCAAACACGAUAGCUUUUAAAUUGCACUCACUUCAUAACUCUGAACGUACAAACUUAAAAGGUACAAAGAAGAACGAAUCAUAAAAUGGAACUUUCUACAUAAUACUAAUGUUAUUGUUAAAUAUCCUAUUAACCAUUGCUCCAUAACAAAUCACCCCAAAAUUUGACAGCUAAAAUAUUUUAGUAUUCUAUCUUAUGGUCCUGUUGAGUUGCUAGGUGUGGCUGAGCAGUUCUUACUGUGGGACUCUCUGAUGUAGUUACAGGCAGAUAGCUCCUGACUUUACAGGCAUCCGAUGAGUCUGCUAGGCUGGACAUCCAAAUGGCUACUCAACUUGGAAUGUCGACUAGAAUACCCGUCUCUUUUGUACCCUCUCCAGCAUGGAGGCCUUAGGAAGCAAAAUGUUCACGGUGGCUCAAAGCUCCCACACAGAUGGUUAGAUGGGCAGAAGAGAAAGUGCAACUGCUUCUGUGGCUCAGCCUCCGGAGCUACAGGGUUUUACUUAGACCGUCUUCUGUCCAUCUGCUCAGAUUCCAGGGACGGGGCUCAGGCCCCAUGCUGGGUGAAGAGGUACCAUGAUCACAUUUUAGAAGAUUGUGUAGGCAGAAGGUAGUUUUGUGGUUACCUUUAAAGAAUCUAACUUUCCAUAUUAGAUUAUAUCAGAUAUCAGCAAGUUAGUCAUGAAGGCUGCAUAACAUCUUCCGUGUGUCAGUUAACAUGUGGCAUUUAGCAGAACAACAGGCUCUCUUUUUUAUGUCUGUCCCUCCCCUUAGCAUCACUACCUGCUGUUUGUUUUCCUUCAGCAUCCUACUGUCUCUCCCACUCCCAAUCUUCUCUAAGCCAGGAACCAAAAGCAUACAGGUGGAUGACUGAAUGGAUGGGUGGAUGGUCAGGGGUUGGAAGCGCAGCUGAAUAAAUGGAUAUAGAGGUAGGAAUGCAAACACGAGAGAGAGAGAGAGAGAGAGAGAGAGAGAGAGAGAGAGAGAGAGAGAGAGAGAGAGAGGAAGAGAGAGAGAGAGAGAGAGAGAGAGAGAGAGAGAGAAUGAGAAUAUUUCCUCCUAAUUUUCCAAUUGUUAAGGCAUGGGUAUAAACCUGGCUGGUCAGUAGCAUUGCCUGGCUUGAUGCGCUCCCAUUCACAGGCCCUUUGGGAACUUUUGAGACAACAGAUACAUGGCUGAAGAUGGGAAACCAUGCUUCUAAAAUAUUGUCUGUCCACUUUAUAUGGUGGGUAUAUGUUGAAAUUUUUAUGUAACCUAAUACAUUUUUAAAAAUAAAGUUAUAUAUCAAGAAAACAUAACAAUUGAUUAUAUAGAGGAUUUCUCUGCAUCUUAGAAAGGGCUGAACUCAAUCACUUCUAAUAUAUAUGUGGAGACCAGUAUUCUAUGUUUAAACAUUUUUAUGCUUGUGUGGAAACAGUAGGGGGAAACACCUGCAUACACAUAACCCAGUGGAUAUUGUUGUCAUUAAUUUUAAUUACCUCACUCACAUUAACCAUUAGCUCUGUCAAACAUGAUUAUUCAAAGAAAAUAUUUGAAAUUCAGCAGAACUUCUCUGGAAGAGAACAGAAAACCGACACGUGCACUCUUUAUCCUCCACAAGAUUGUAUGUGCUUUGCUGUUUAAAACCAGCAGUGUCUAUGCUGUCUUCUUUAAAGCAUAGCUGUUAAUGUUGGCAUGUUUUGUCAGUGCUUUUCGGAUUUAUAGGGCAUACCUCUUUAACUUUAAUGAUUGAGAGAAACUUAGCUCCUUUGCUUUUUUUCUGUAAGCAGUGGUUUUUAAAAUGUAUAUUAACAGGAAACAGAAAAUCACUACAGCGAAGUAGCUCAGUCAGCCAAAACCCCCAACCUCAUUUCUUUUGCCUUAGCUAUCUGUGUAUUUCAAGUUAUAAUUUCAAAUAUUGACUUGGGUAAUGGUUUCCACUUUCAUUUAAUAAAAAUACAUUCUAGGAUAAUACACUAAAAUUCUUCCUUGGAAACCUGUAGGAUAAGUUUUUUUUUUUUUGAAUCUAUAUCUUUUUUUACAACUUUUAAAAAUUUUUGUUUUUAUUUUUUAUUAUAAUUAUCAUCAUCAUAUCUUUUCUUAUAAUCAUGAUUCCUUUCCCAGCCCAUCCUCUGACAGUUCUUCAUCCCAGUCCUCCUCCCCUUCUCCAAGAGGAUGUCCUCAGCCCCCAACGCCACACCACCACACCACCCCUUCCCUGGGGCCUUAUGUCUCCUGUGGGUUAGGUGCUUCUUCUCUCACUGAGGCCAGACCAGGCACUUCUCUGCUGUAUGUCUGUCAGGGGCCUCAUGUCAGAUAGUGUAUGCUGCCUGGUUGGUGGCUCAGGGUCAGAGAUCUCAGGGUUCCAGGUCAGUUGAGAGUGCUAGUCCUUCUCUAGGGUCACCCUCCUCCUCAGCUUCUUCCAGCUUUUCCCUAAUUCAACCACAGAGGUCUCCGACUUCUGUCCAUUGCUCCAGUGUAAGUGUCCGCAUCUGACUCUUUCAGCUGCUUGUUGGGCCUCUCUGAGGGCAGCCAUGCUAGGCUCCUGUCUGUAAGCACGCCACAGCAGCAGUAAUAGUGUCAGGCCUUGGAGCCUCCCCUUGAGUUGAAUCCCAAUUUGGUCUAGUCACUGGACCUCAGUCUCUUCUCCAUUUUGUCCCUGCAGUUCUUUUAGACAGGGACAAUUCUGGGUCAGAGUUUUUGACUGUGGGAUGACAACCCCAUCCCUUCACUUGAUGCCCUGUCUUUCUCCUGGAGGUGGACUCUACAAGUUCCCUCUCCCCACUCUUGGGCAUUUCAUCUAAGGCCCCUCCUUUUGAGUCCUGAGUGUCUCUCACCUCCCAGGCUCAGUACAUUCUAGAGGGUCCCCCUACCUCUUACCUCCUGAGGUUGCCUGUUUUCCAUUCGUUCUGUUGGCCCUCAGGGCUUCACUCCUGAUUCCCCACCACCCCAGUAACCUGAUCCUUUUCCCCUUGGCCUCUCUCCCACCCAGGUCCCCCCUCCCUCUGCCCCCCAUGACUGCUUUCUUCUUCCUCUCAAGUGGGAUUGAGGCAUUCUCACUAGAGUCCUUCAGCUUGUUAACCUUCUUGAGUUCUGUAGAUUGUGUCCUGGAUAUUCUGUACUUUCAUGUCCUUUUGGGUCUGAGUUACCUCACUCAGGAUGAUAUUUUCUAGUUCCAUCCAUUUGCGUGCAAAACUCAGGAUGUCCUCAUUCUUAAUAGCUGAGUAACAUUCCAUGUGUAAAUGAUCCACAUUUUCUGUAUCCAUUCUUCCAUUGUGGGAUCUUACAUCUUAAAACCAAGCUCAGAAGACUGCCUGGGAGACAAUCCUGAGCCUGUUCUGGGUUAUCAAUUCCUCCGAACUCUGAUGAAAUCCCCCUUCCAGAAAUGUUGAAUCCUAUGCUUCUUGCAUCCAUUGUCAGAAGACUUCUGAAGCCCAGGCUACGAUCCCAUAUCUGUACACAUGGCAGUCUCAUCCUCAUCAGAGUGCCUGUGGAGACAGAUGUCAGGGUGUUUGCGCUAUAGAGUCUCUGAGCUUUCUUUCCUAGAGGUGCUCCAGUGAGUACAGUAGCUGUCCAUUCACUUCCAUGGGACAGAUGACUUAGCCCUCGGCUGCUGCAUGUAAAAACUGGAGGGUUCGAUAGAAUGUUUGUUACCUGCUGCCUGGAGCUGGGGAGGUUCCUUGACUGGGUGCUGCUGCCGCCGAGGUGUACUGGUGUGGCAUGACGACGAGGUGCAGUAAGGAAGUUAAAUUCCCUUCUGUCUGUUAAUUGUCUAGAGUGGCAUUCAACUUGGAUACGUUUGGAUGGGGGUAGAUGAGGGCCCUUCUGAAUAUGAAGCAUGUAACACGUUAUUGCCUGCGUGUUAGAGUGUAAUCACCAUGGAGAACUGCAGCAGAGGGUCUGCAUCAGCACCUUUCUAUGGUGAUUGGUACCAUGGAGAGCUUUGGUCUGUUCCGUUGUGUUUAACAAGACAAUAAGGAGGGAAUAUAGACAUCUCAGUCAGGAUUGGAACCCUGGAAAUGCUUCUCCCACUCUCCAUCACUGUCUUCAUGGCCAAUAACAUUGUGGUACCUUAGUGUAAUCUUCAUGUGAAGCAACUGCUGCUUCAUCACGGUGCUCUUUGAUUGACAUAGAGACUGACAAAAUUAUUAUGGGGAAAAAAAAGCAAACAUACCCAGUUCUGAUUUAAAAUAAUUUUUAAAAUGUCUUGCCAGUUAUCCCAUAGGAGACCUUUAAUAAAAUACGAACUCUUUGAGUUUCCAGUAUGAGUGUCAGGGCUGAAGAAACGGCUCAGCUGCUAAAGGUUGACUUAGAACUAAAGGAGAAUCAUUUAAUUUCCCACCUUCGAGUGCCCAUAGAAAUGACAAAUAGGAUAUAAAAACAGGGAGACGAUCACUGAGAAUCCUCAUCCCUUUUCAGGGUGGGGCAAGGACCUCAGAGUGGGAAAGCAGGAAGGGCUAACCUGCUACUUCCUCUGUCGAACAACCGCAGUAACUAUGGGCAAGCUGGGCUCUGGCAGGAAUGCACUCCUGUGCUCCAGACUGAAAGCUAAUGAGUAAACUACAGCACAGUUCUCACUCUUGGGAGAGUCGUUGGCUUCGUUGAAGUCUGCAGACCUCCCCCAGAUUCUUUGUCAGGUAGAAGACAAGUGGGUGCUGAUCUCUUGAGAGGCACAGGCAGCGCUUUAGAGCAAACAUACAUGGGAGUGCACUGGCGUUCAUGUGGAAGGAACUAGCACCAAGUACAUGUGACUUUACACAGUCACAUCUAGUCCUAGCUCACUACCAACUACACAGACAUGCUUUUGUGUCACUCCUACGUUCAGAGUGCAGGCACACAGAGCCAGCCCCCAGCCUAAACUGGGCAGCUCCAAGAACCAGCUCAAAUGUUCAGGUGACCAAGAAGUCCCUAUUGCCAUUCAACAGUCAAAACCAGUAGAAAUAUGUAACAUAGUUUCAUAUAUACCUCAUUCAAGCUCUUAUCAAUAGAUACAUAUGAAUAUAUGCUUAUUGAAAAACCCACUGCAGUAAAGCAAGAAAACAUACACGUCAAGAUGUAGGAGAGUUUAGAAUUACUAUUAUAGCUAUGCUUAAACCUUUCCAUUCUGCUUGCAUGCUGAAAUUGGCACUUAUAAUUGGGAGUCCACUUUAAAAAUCUGAAGGAGAAGGGUGUCUCCACACUAUCUCUAUCAUAACUGGGCUCUUAACCUUUGGCAUUUCACCCAAGUGAGAUGCAGUCGGAGCUAAAUUUUCUACACCCACAAGGGCCUAAAUGCUGCCGUGCAAAGGAAACAAGGGGCAUGAAUCAUUCCCUAAAGAAUACACUUUCCUUUCUCUGAAAUAAUUCAUAUAUUAGUCAUUUAAAAAAAUUAGCAACCAUCUGGGCCUGCCACUAAUUAAAGUUGAAAGUAAACAAUCAACUAGAAGUAGGAAUGUAACUUGACUCAAUAUUCUUGAGAACACACACACACACCACAUACAUACAUGCAGAUAUUCACAAGAUCUUUUAAAAGAUCUUUUGAAAAAAUGUUAAAAAUGUUUUUAAUGAUUACAUUUUAACUCACUAAUUUCAACUAUUGGUAUUUUUAAAGUAAUAAAAGAUAUAUGUGUAAAUAUUUUGAUUACAGCAUUUCUUAUAAAAACUAUAAAGGUUCAACUGUUAAAAAUUGGUUAACUAAUUAAAUUUUAUUUAGUCAGCUGAAAAUUUAUUUAAUAAGGAGACCCUUUCCCUUCCCUUUCGAAGCACUGACCCUCUGAUUAUACAUACUGGGCUCUGCAAGAAUCCUGCAUCAAUUCUGCUGUUUCUAUCAUUAACUAGGAAUCAUUUAUCUCUACUGACUUAAUUACUUUUAUUGCAAGUAUAUGAGUGUCUCCCUUGUAUAUGUUUGUGUACCAAAUGUGUGUCUGGUACCCACUACAGCCAGAAGAGGGCAUCCAAGCAUAUAGAACAGGAGUCAUGGUGUUUGUAAACUACUCUGGUGGUGCUGGGAACUGAACCCAGCUAGAAUAGUACAACUAUUAACCAUUUAGCCAUCUCUCCAUCUCAGCAAUUAAACUCAUAAAAGUAGGAUGCCAGUUUAACAUCUCUCUUCUUUUUAUGUUGUGAGAAGUAAUUCUAACACCUUAGUCAAGCAUCAAGAGCCCCAAGGGCCCCCACAUCCUUUCCAAGAUCAAAAACCAAUUCUAAGUAGAUAACUUGUUUUUUAAAGAAUGUGUAACACAUAUAGCAUAGAAGCUAAACUAAAGCUGUGUAAACCAGUUGGAAAGGUUUCAUGACAUAGGGAAAAGACAGUGUUGUAACAUCUUAAAUGCCUUUUUGAUUUUUCCCGUAGAUUCCUCCCUUCUCUCAGAUCCCAAGUUCAUACUUCACAUCUUCUCUUUCCAGUCCUUCAGUACCUGACACUUAUAUCUUUGGGUUUUUUUCAUUACUCCUGAUAGCAUACUUUUAUUACUAGUCUGAUUUGUAAGAAAAACUCAACCAUGUUCCUUUAGAAGACGUCAGCCAUACUGUUUGGAAUUGGCAUUUGCUAUUUACCUUCCCUAAAGUAGUCCUGUGGACUGUGUCUCUUGCUUCUCUUGGAAGUGGCCAAAGGGGUCAGCCUGCUAGGGAGAACUGUGACUGUGUCAGCUGAGAGAAAAACUAAGAUGUCAUGGUAGGGUCCAGUUCUUCUCUGAUGACUUCAUUUUCCAGAGUCAGAUAUUUAAGACUGUAGAUAUUCAUAGACUCUAACCGUCCAACGAAUGGUAAACAUAUAAUACAUUGUAUUUUUGAAAAUUGAAAGGCCUGUGUGGUUCUACUUAAAAAUGCACUGAAUUUUAUUUUGAACAAUUUAAUUAGUGUUCGCUUCAAGGGAAACAUUUCAUUCCAGGCUAAAUUUUAUUUACCUGGAAUAAAAAAGAAAAAAGAAAAGAGAAACACACACUCCUCUUAAUAAAAAAAUUAAAAAAAAAAAAAACUACGAAUGUCCACAACAGAACAGACACUAAAAUAACAAUAUAAAUCACAAAAUACCUAAAGUAUCAUUCAUACACUGGGCCUUGCUGGCCAGCAGCCUAUGUAAAUAUAGCAGGUAAAGUUGUAUAAACAAGUGAUCAAGAAAGCAAAUAUCAUAAUUCCAGAUAUCAGUAAAUGUUACACACAUCAGUAUAUAAAGCAACUACAUGAGAUGCUAUAUAAGACUGGUGGACAAAGAACGUCCCUUUGAAGAGGUAGGACUGGAGUCCAGGCUCAACUGGAAGAAACCCCACAGGAAGGGCUUCUCCAGCCCAUUACGGAAGCUCUGAGGCAGGGGUAACCCUGAAAUGCUCCAGGGACAGUGAAACAUGAGCUGUGUACCCACCAGAUAUGAGCAGGCAGAUGAGUACCAUGAGAUAAGGCUACAGAUGUAGAGCAGCUGCCUUCUAUGACAUGCAAAAGAGUCACAGGAAGCCAUGAUGGUUUCAAACAGCAGUAAAAUAAUAUGACCUACAUUUCCACAGUUUUGGGGGCAAUUCUUACACUGAAAUGUAAUAACAAGAAUGAAGGAAACAGGAAGGCUAGUUAGAUACAGUGUUGGGGGUGGGGAUGGUAGUCAUGUGGGCUGAACUUGGAGUAGCAAAGAAAACUUCAAUUUAAAGAGAUAUUUGUGCCGCUCCAUCAAGUAUUAGAUGCUGGAUCCUGAAGCUCACUAUUAAUCUUUCAGCUUGGUAGCUGUGUGUGUUACAUUAAUGAAUGCCCUGAAGUCCAGAAGCAAUGAACACUUUUCUCUUAUCAUCCUGGAUCUUAGAUAACUACAUGCCUCCCCAUUGACCGAUCUGCAUAUCAAUCAGUUGACAAAUAUAUGCUGUUUUUAUUAAACAAAUUCCUGAGAAAUUGAAUGCUGAAAAUAGUCAAUACUAUCAGACAUAUAUAUAUGUAUAUAUCAACAUCUACCAUUUCUACUGCCACAUAGGAAGUAAAUAUAUACAGCCUUUGAGUCAAAGAAUCAAGAAACCAUCAUAUUUCUGGUAGUUAUUAUAUGGAACCAUUUUCUACUGUGAGUCAGUCCCAAAGCUACCACAUAUGAUGCAUUUUCAUAGAAGAUCAUUUCCAGGAACGUAUUUCAGAUUUACACUUUAAUCAUGUAUACUAUCAGUAGCCUCAAGUUAUUAAGGCAUGGCUAGACAAGAGAGCUUUCAUUUCUCUCAAAGGCAAGGAUAAGGUUGUCAAGGGGAUUGCAGGAUGUACAAAGUCUAGGAUUUAAUCAAAUAAGAAACCUGUAGACACUAGUAUGAACGUGGCUAACAGACUUUCACUCAAACUGAUUUCAGACAGAACGGGACUGUCUGAAAAAGCAGAUUGCUCCUUAGAUCACAGAAGCCAUCAUAGGUUCUGUGGGGAUAGCAGUAGACAGAGAGGAGUCACUCUUCCAUCAUUUUUUCUCAAUCUAAUUUUAAUCACAAUGGCUCAAGUACCAGACAGAAAUGUUUAUUUCCCAAGAUCUGAAAAAAGUCUCCAUUCAAACUGAAGGCAUUCUGUUGAGAUAAUAGAUUAGGUGUUCUUCAGAAUUUAUAUGAGGACAAAGAACUAACAGUUCAUCUAAACAGGGUGGCCACUAUACUAAAAUGUUUUCAGUAACACCUUUCAUAAUUGAUUAAUAUAAUAAAACAGUUCAAUUUAGAUCCAAAAGUCCAGACCUUGCUUUCAGAACAAUAUUAAUACUAUAUUACACAUAUUAUCUUCAAAACUAGUGUCAUUGAUAUAGAAGUUUUGCUAAGUUUUAUAAUUUAUAAUUUAACUGCUACUUUCAUUUCAAUACAGCCUCUUUAGCUACCCUGUGAGAUAGGUACUAUUUCCUAUAGAAGGUAUGAGUUAAGAACUCUUGCUGAGCAAGUAUAAGGAACUGAGUUCAAAUCCCUAGCCCCCACCAAAAAAAAAAAAAAAAAAAAAAAACAUGCCUGUAAUUCUUGUAAUGCUGGGAUUUUCUGGGAGUUGCUAUCUUACAGCCUAACUUAGGGCUUAGUAAGAAACCCCUGUCUCAAGGCAGCAAGACA